AUGGAUCUCUGCGCAGUAAAGCAUAAUGUUCAAGAGUUGCAAAUUUGCCUUUCCAACAUUCAAGAACCAUUUUCAUUGCCUCAUUGCUUGUUUACUUGUGUGACACUAACAAAGUUAGAUCUUACUAUGCCUUGUAUCCUUAAACUUCCUCCUACAAUUUGUUUGUCAAAGCUCAAAAUCUUAGUUCUUAAGGGUGUUAGCUUUUCUGAUGAGCACUCAACCCAAAAGCUAUUUUCUGGUUUUCCAGUCCUUGAGGAGUUGUGUUUAGAUGAUUGCCGCUGGAUGAAUCUCAAGGUUGUGAGUAUUUGUGCUCCCAAGCUUUCUUCCUUGAUGAUACAAGACCCUUAUAAGAAAAGGUGGAGUGAUUCGGAUAAUUGUCAGGUUACGAUUUUGGGAGUUAGUCUCGAAAGUUUUUACUACACUGGUGAAUUCUUCAAUGAAUAUUCUCUACAUAAGUUAGCCUUACUUGUAGAGGCAUACAUUAAUGUUUGUGGCUCUAGAACAAGACCAAGACUAGUUGCUAACCGCAUGUAUACCCUUCUAAUAGGGUUCUCUAAUGCAAAAGAGAUAAUGCUUACAAGCUUUGCUGUUGAGGCUCUAAGAUAUGCUGCAGAACUCCUUCCUCAUAUGCCUAUGUUCAAUAACCUGCUGGAUUUGGAUUUCAUUGACGGGUCAAUAAAUCUUGACUCCAUAGCACUGUUGAAGAUAUUGCAAGAAUCUCCCAAUCUUAAGACUCUGGAAUUUAGUGAGGGGGUUAGUCUGUCCACAGAUUGUGAAAAAGUUGAUAGCAUACUGGACCCAGUGCCUCCAUGUUUUUUGUCACAGCUAAAGUGCAUUAAAGUUGGUUAUUAUAAUGGAGAUGAGAAGGAGCUAUCUGCAGUAAAGAUUUUGCUCAAGAAUGCAGUGGCCUUGGACAGGAUCGUUAUAUCUUUUUCAAAGAAUUUUGCAGCGUACUUGGAGAAGCGGGGCAAGGCUUAUGCUGUGGAACCUGAAAGGGCUACUUUUGAGAGAUAUAAACCAAGAAGUACUGCUUCAACUCUAUUCUCUUUUGCUGUCCGUAUAUCAAUGCUACAUCAAUCUAAGAUUUCUGCAUUCUAUGGCAUAUAA